AGAAAAAACCCACUGACUGACUGACAAAGUGUCGCAACUCGCCUCACUCCUACUUUGAUGAAACUUUUUACAUGUUUUAUUUUUUUGUUGUGUUCAUGCUGAGCUGAACAGAGGCUGCACAUCUACUUUGAUUACUCUCUCAAUGAGCCGCUCGCGUUGAGACUUUUUCUUUUUUUCCUCCAGUUUUUUCUUUUUUUUCUUUCCUUAUUUGUAUUUGACGUGGGGAUAAAGUGGUUUCUUUAUCAUUGAACAGACUCGUGAUGGCUGUCCUAUCACUAGCGUUACUCCUCCUAGGAUUUGCAUUGACUUCAGCUGACAAGGCUGGUGAAGUAGAUAGAGAGGACCAGCUGAAGAGCCGUCUGAAGGAAUACGGCCUCGUCACUCCCUUCAGCACCGACUCCCACGGACACUACCUGUCGCACCUGCUCUCCGCCACCCACAAGCAGCGCGUCAAGAGGGAGGCCUUUUCCUCCGGAGAAGCCGAACAGAAGCUUUUCUUCAACAUCUCCGCCUUCGGGCAGGAGUUCCACCUCCGCCUGCGGCCGAACACCCGGCUGGUGGCGCCGGGGGCGAUGGUGGAGUGGCACGACGAGAUGCCAGUCGUCUGGAAUGUCAGCGACAGUGACGGUACGGGCGCCAACCACACCGAAGUUGCCGGCGGGGCGGAGAGGAUACUGCACCGCGAGCUGCUGAAGACAGACUGCACCUUUAUCGGCGACAUCACAGACGUGCCCGGGGCCUCGGUUGCCAUUAACAACUGCGACGGACUGGCUGGGAUGAUCCGCACCGACGCAGACGAGUACUUCAUCGAGCCUCUGGAGCGAGGCGCUCAGGAGCUGGAGGACCAGGGCCGGGUCCACGUGGUCUACCGCCGGUCCGCUCUGCUGCAGGCCCCCGCAGACAUCCCUGUGGACUACCAGCAGCAAGAACCAGAGCUAGACGUACCCGGGACCCUGGACUCUGUAGCCCGGCAGGUCAACGAGACCGUCCACCGCCGUCGCCGCCGAGAUGCCGGGGUGGACGACUACAACAUCGAGAUCCUGCUGGGAGUCGACGACUCGGUGGUUCGGUUUCAUGGCAAGGAGCACGUGCAGAACUACCUCCUCACUCUCAUGAAUAUCGUGAACGAGAUUUACCACGACGAGUCGCUGGGAGUCCACAUCAACGUGGUCCUGGUGAGGAUGAUCAUGCUGGGGUACGCCAAGUCCAUCAGCCUCAUCGAGAGAGGUAACCCCUCGAGGAGCCUGGAGAACGUGUGCCGCUGGGCGUUCGUGCAGCAGAAGGGCGACCUCGAGCACGCCGAGCACCACGACCACGCCAUCUUCCUGACUCGCCAAGGCUUCGGCCCCACGGGGAUGCAGGGUUACGCUCCAGUCACAGGAAUGUGCCACCCGGUCCGGAGCUGCACCCUCAACCAUGAAGACGGCUUCUCCUCGGCCUUCGUCGUGGCUCACGAGACCGGACACGUGUUGGGCAUGGAGCACGACGGCCAAGGCAACCGCUGUGGAGACGAGACAGCCAUGGGGAGCGUGAUGGCUCCUCUGGUGCAGGCGGCCUUCCACCGGUACCACUGGUCCAUGUGCAGCGGACAGGAGCUGAAGAGAUACAUCCACACGUACGACUGUCUGCUGGACGACCCCUUCAAACACGACUGGCCACAGCUCCCCGAGCUGCCUGGCAUCAACUACUCCAUGGAUGAGCAGUGUCGCUUCGACUUCGGAGUGGGCUAUAAGAUCUGCACCUCAUUUCGUACCUUCGACCCGUGUAAACAGCUGUGGUGCAGUCACCCGGACAACCCCUACUUCUGCAAAACCAAGAAGGGGCCGCCUCUGGAUGGGACGGAGUGUGCUGCUGGGAAAUGGUGCUACAAAGGUCACUGCAUGUGGAAAAACCCUAAUCAGGUCAAGCAAGACGGCGUCUGGGGCUCCUGGAGCAAAUACGGCUCCUGCUCGCGCUCCUGUGGAACUGGAGUCCGCUUCCGGACUCGUCAGUGCAACAACCCAGCACCCUCCAACGGGGGCCAGGACUGCCCGGGAGUGAACUUCGAGUAUCAGCUGUGCAACACUGAUGACUGCCCCAAGCACUUCGAAGACUUCCGAGCUCAGCAGUGCCAGCUCCGCAACUCUCACUUUGAGUUCCAAAAUGCCAAACACCAUUGGCUGCCCUACGAGCAUCCUGACGCCAACAAGAGAUGCCACAUGUACUGCCAGUCAAAGGAGACCGGAGACCUGGCCUACAUGAAGCAGCUGGUGCAUGAUGGGACGCGAUGCUCCUACAAAGAUGCCUACAGUAUCUGCGUGCGUGGAGAAUGCGUGAAAGUCGGCUGCGACAGAGAGAUCGGCUCCAUCAAAGUCGAGGACAAGUGCGGCGUCUGCGGUGGAGACAACUCCCACUGCCGCACCGUUAAAGGAACCUUCACCCGCACACCAAAGAAACCUGGUUACCUUAAGAUGUUUCUCAUUCCUCCUGGAGCUAGACAUGUGAUCAUCCAAGAACAUGAGGCCUCCCCUCAAAUUCUUGCGAUCAAGAACCAGGCGACGGGGCAUUACAUCCUCAACGGGAAGGGAGAGGAGGUGGCGUCCAGGAGCUUCAUCGACCUGGGCGUGGAGUGGAACUACAUCAUCGAGGAAGACGUGGAGACGCUGCACACCGACGGACCGCUUCACGACCCCGUAGUGGUUCUGAUUAUACCCAAAGACAAUGAAACACGGUCUACAUUAAUGUACAAGUACAUCAUCCAUGAAGAUUCGGUUCCUGUCAACAACAACAAUGUCAUCCAGGAGGAAACGUACGAGUGGGCUCUGAAGAGCUGGUCUCCAUGUUCCAAGCCGUGUGCCGGAGGGUUUCAGUACACCAAGUACGGAUGUCGAAAGAAAGGAGACACCAAGAUGGUCCAUCGGGGUUACUGCGACGCGAGCAAGAAACCCAAACCCAUCCGCAGAAUGUGUAACCUUCAGGACUGCACACAGCCUCAAUGGAUCUCGGAGGACUGGGAGCAUUGUACCAAAACCUGCGGCAGCCUGGGCUUCCAGAUCCGGACCGUCCGCUGCGUUCAGUACCUCACCGAGGGCACCAACCGCUCCAUCCACAGCAAGUACUGCAGCGGGGAGAAGCCGGAGAGCCGGAGGCCCUGCAACAGAGUGUCCUGUCCGGCCCAGUGGAGGACCGGAGCCUGGUCAGAGUGCUCUGUGACCUGCGGAGAGGGGAUGGAGAGGCGUCUGGUCACCUGCCGUCUCGGAGAUCAAUGUAACGGAGACAAACCGGAAACCGUGAGGUUUUGCAGACCGGGACCCUGCCACGAUGAGCCGUGUAACGGAGACAAGUCCAUCUUCUGCCAAAUGGAGGUGCUAGCCCGAUACUGCUCCAUCCCGGGCUACAACAAACUGUGCUGCGACUCCUGCAGCAAACGCGUCGGCGCUCUGUCUCUGUUCUCGGAGGCGGCCGAGACCGAAGACCACGUUCGAUUCGGAUCGGCCUCCCAGCUGCUGGAGACGCUGACGGCCUCGGUGGCGGCGGCGGCGGCGGCAAACGGCACUCGAAGCGGUAAACAAGGGCCCGUCGUGAAACACGCCCCCACCCCCGCCACGCUGAAGAAAGCCCCGCCAAAGAUGACGACGGCGCCGCGGCGGGUCCCACGACACAUGGGUCUCACUGGCAGGAAGCUGCCGGCAAUGGCGCCAACUCCCCCGGCAGAUUCCACAGAGGGUCAAAGGUCGAGCAGCUCGACAGGUAGCCGGCGGCCCACAGCGUAUUCCGAAGUGGAGAGAUGAGAGCGACGCCCUUUUCCCCUUCAGGACUCGUAAUGUACAGCAGCUUCAUCCUGAGUCCUCUCACGCCAGAAACACCACAGAGAGAUAAAAAAAAAAGAAAGAAAAGUGCUGGUUCACUUUGUUUUUUUUAGAAUUCCCCUUUCCCUUUUUGGCCCUCAUAUUGACUUUAAAAAUGACAUCUCACAGGGAGCUCCCGGAGCAUAUCACGACUCAAACAGCCAUAUGCCUUUGCUUUUAUACAUUUAAUUUAGGGGAGAAAAUAACACAAUAAAUUCAAACGAAAGGGUCUGAAAAUAAUUUCAUCCGUGUCUAAUGAGAAGAAAUGAAACGCAGUGUCGUAGUGAGUCACUUUAGGUAUCAAAAAGCCAAAGGACAGCUUAAUAUUCAAAAAAGGCAACUAAUUAAUUUCACCGAUUCCAAACUUUUUUACCGGUAGAUGUUAGAAAUAAACGGUUGCUUAAUUCCAACCGAACCUUUUUAACCUAACGACCCUCAAAGCUUUCCUUGAAGCCACCUGCAGCGACGGUCGCAGUUAGGUGUCCGUAUUCUCCCCCCUCCUGAUUGUUCUUUUCCUCUGGUCUUGUCAUUUAAUGAAUCGGGUCUGCAGAGCGUUGCAGCAGGUCUUCCGGCAAAUCCUCAGCAGACGGUGAGACGGAAAAUGUCAACAGGUGCAGUCAUUAGAGCUGAUUCAAUUUGUGAAAAUGUAUUCGAACUGCAGAGGCAGAACGCAGGACAGAAAUCGACACAGGAAUUGGUGCAGAAAUAAUUGUUGCAACAACCAAAACACAGCGGGAGUGUAAACAGUUACCUUCACCAUGAUGUUGUUCUUCAUGUGAAUAAUCCCAGAUGCUUUGGAUUUAAUUAACGUUGUUUAAUUACAUGUUUCAGCUAAUGAAACGCCUCCAUGUCACAUCGAUAGACUGUCACCUUUAAACUGGGUGGGAGGUUUGAUUUGCUUUGAAUUUGAAGUGGAAGAUGAUGAGCAAAAAGUUUAGAAGAUCAUCUCAUGCAGCUGAAAGUCCCCUUUUUUUUACUUGAACGUUACACACAGCCAUUUUCUUGCCAAAAAGAUGUAAGUGUGAAGCUUGACAUAUAGAGAAUCCACCGUUCCCAGUACUUGAGGAGUCGAAACAAAACCAAACACCAGACUUUAUAUGGCCACUAAUGGAAAGUGGCCAAACCAGUGAGAACCAUUAGGAAAAUGGUUUUAGUUGUAUAGAUUUUUUUUUAUAUAACCAGCAAUGUCUGUUAAAUGGCGCUCUACAGUUUCUAUGGAAAUGGGUAUUUAUAAAGGUUCCUGUAAAUACUGUACAUGAAAAUAUCAGUAUUAUUUUAAGAAGUUGAGGAUACUUUCAAAAACCAUUUUAAUCAAUUAUAAUAAAAUAUAUUAUUCUGAAUGUUUACAGUUUCAGCAGUGGUGUUAAAUGGACAUUAAUGAUGACCCAUCUCAGUCUAAAUGCUUAUGCAAAGUUCAUUAGGGAAUGUUUUAAAAGAAUAGCUCAACAUUUUGCGAAAUAUGUUUGUUUGCUUUGUUGCCGAGAGUUAGAUAAGAAGAUUGAUACCACUUUCAUAUCCGCACGCUAAAUAUGAAUCAUCAGCCAGGAGACUUUAGCUUAGCAUAAAGACUGGAAGCAGGGGGAAACAGCUAGCCUGGCUCUGUCCAAAGUACGCCCACCAAGCUGAUGAAUUCAUAUCUUAUAUCGUUUGAGCAAAACCGUUGUGUAAAAAAACGACACAAAGAGUUUGUUAGCAUUGGACGGUCAUUGUGUUAAGCUAAGCUAAGCUAACCAUCUCUCAGCUCUCAUGUUUUUUCAUGCAGACAUGAAUGGUGUCAAUCUUCUCCUCUAAGUUUUGGAAAGAAAUCAAAUAAGUCCAUAUCCCAGAGUGUCAAACUAUUCCUUUAAGAAGCAUUCAUUUAAUAUGUUAAUUUACCCCAGCCUUUAUCUUUUUUCUAAAUCAUAAGUUUGUAUGGUGCUAGCCAUCGACCUUUUUCAACUCUUUGUAUUGCCCUCCUUGUGAAAGUUUUUGCCCAAAAAUGUUGAAGUUGUUAGGUCAAAGAAGGGAACUAAGUGGGGAACGCAUGUAGCAAGUUUUCCUAAAACUGUAUGUUCAGUACAGCAGGUGCUUGUUCAGCUUGAACAACUUAAAAAAAGUGAAAAUUUGAAAAAGCAUCUGAAAUGUGUUUUGAAAUUUUCUACUUUGAUGUGACCAUGAAAGUGCAAAUGCUCAUCUUGAAAAUGCUGUUCAGCGUUGGAUUUGCAGGGGUUUUUCACAGUGACAUGUGCUGUUUGAAAUCAACUCACUUAAAGCUGCAUUAAGCGUUUUUUGACCACUAGGGGGCAGAAAGACUCCCAAGCAAACUCACAGUUGCAUAUUUCCAGAUCCAGCAGAAACAGAGCAACAUGAGCGUCCCAUUGAAUCACAUUUAUGUCCACCUGAUGAAUAUAAAUCCAACAUUCACUCUCCUUUUAGCUCCGUUUUGGUCCCCUCCAACACCUGAGGUAAACGGGAUAAUCUGUUAAUAUCUUUAUCCUCUAAAUGUUCCGCUUUUUCUCACCAGCUGGCUUACUUCAGCUCUCUGCAGUUUGGUGCUAACAUACCAGCAGCUGUUAGCCAUUAGCUGGGGAAGCUGUGCAGUGCUGCAGGUGUUUGUUCUCAGGUGGUUCAGCGCCCUUUCACAGUACAAAUUGGAUUAAAUUUGAAUAUCAAAAAUCUCGCUUAAUGGAGCUUUAAGCUCAUCACACCCAUUCACAUCCAGUCUGAACAAGGUUUCGUGUUUGCAGGAACAAAGCAUCAUUGUAAGCACAAGACGCUAAAAGGAUUUUACCAUAUUUGGAUCAUGUUUUGUUUUUUUCAAAGUAUUUCUGGAAUGGCUUUUUUUUUUAUUUUUUUUAACGUGUUAGAAGGUUCAGGAGAGAGAAAGCUAUUUAUUUAAGAAAACAAAAUCCUCACAACCACCAUGCAUCUGACUGCAAUAGCAAAGACACAGUUUUGUGUUUUCAGCAAAGAAAUAACUAUUCACACUCACUCCUGUGUGCCAAUGUAAAGUACAUGUAUAUAGCAUUGAGUACUUAAAUAUUUAUUGAGAGUUAAAGGGUUCCGCUUUGUUUUUACAGUGUGUGCAGUGCCACCUGGUCAAUAAGCUGCAGCAGAAAAACCAUUGAAUCACAUUUAUGAAAAAUAUUUCAUACACAUUUACACCUUUUUAAAUGGAUUUCUACUUUUAAAAAAAAUACCAAAAAAAACACGAUAGGCUAGAAAUUACAUUGUUUUUUUGCAAACAAUUAGAUGUAAAUAUACAUGCUCGAUCUUGAGAUGUUUUUAUUUUGUUGUCAGAAGGCUGUUUUUUCUCAGCUGUUUUGUAGAAGUCGUUAACAGAGCUGUUACAUCACAGUGACAUGUACUGACCAGACAAAUGCUUUAUUUUAACCAAUAAAACAUUAAUAGUUUAGUACCAGUAAACCAGUAAAGUUGUUUUUUUUAUGCUGUUUGUAGAUGUCAGUAUUGUCUAACAUUUUUACAUUCCCCUCCCUUGUUCUUUUCACAUCCUUUACUUGCUGCCUUUACAACAUUGCUGCUAAUGUUACGCAGAGCUUGUAAUGAUAAAUAGGAUAUAUAGUUGUAGAUGUUACAUUGACAAUCCCUGAGCCUCAGACAGAUAUUACUGCAAUGCAUUCUCCAUGUACUGUAUUAAUACCCCCUGUGCUAUCCGUGCAUUGAAGUAUUACGAUUGUCACGACUGUCGGUCACUCUCUGCUCUUUUCGCUUUUCCUAUGUAUUUGUGUAGAUUGAAGUGUACACUACUGAUGCUGUUUGUUGUAAUGGGGAGCACAUAGCAAUAAAAGAUAUGAUUAACUACUCGGAUUUCAUUUUUUC